ACUGCUGCUGAGUUCAGGGCUGCAAGCUGACGGAGUCCCCAACUCUGCAGGACCUCAAUGUGAAAUGGCAAAAGCUGACAUUGUAAUGUUAGUGGACGGUUCGGGGAGCAUCUCCGGCGAAGACUUUAAGAGAAUGAAAUCAUUUAUAUCUCAGAUAGUCCAAAACUUCCACAUUGGUCCCAACGAAGUGCAGAUAGGUCUGACUCAGUACAGUUACCAACCAAGGACUGAGUGGUACCUGAACACCCACAAAAACAAGCAGUCCCUGCUGGAGGCCAUUAAUGACAUAAAACAAAUGGCUGGAGGCACGAUGACGGGGCAAGCUCUGGAUCACAUCCUUAAUCGGAGCUUUAAACCUGCUGUGGGGAUGCGUGCAGACUCAAAAAAAUACGUGGUUCUGAUCACUGAUGGAGCCGCUACUGACAACGUUACAAUCCCUGCAAAGAAUCUGAAAGAUACCGGGAUCGAGCUUUAUGUUAUUGGUAACAGCAUUUUUCUGUCAGUGUAG